UUCUUAGGGAGGGCGAAACGGGGCCUUAUUUGUGCCAGAGACGACUUAUCCCUCAGUUUAGACGAUCUCAGGUCAACCCCCUUCGCAGCUACGGGUCUGUGUGCACGUCCCAGUGCGUUCAUGUGGUGAGGGACUGACUGUCAGUCUUACGCAAGCCUCCCUGAACACUGUACACUUUAAACCAUGUCCGACACUGCUGCUCCGACGGAGAACAACGGAGACCCGGGAUUAAACGGCUCAUGGGUGGAGCUUGAGAUGAACAGAAACUCAGGUGAGUCUCAGGCUUCGUCCACCAACCUGGCGACGCCAGCUUUAGCCCAGGUAGUGGAGGAGGAUGAUGGGAUAGCAGGUGGACUGGAGCAUGUCCCCUCCUCAUCCUCCAUUCAUAACGGAGACAUGGAGAAGAUCCUGCUGGACGCUCAGCAUGAGUCCAGCCGCAGCAACUCAUCCUGCGACAGUCCCCCUCGCCCCCACAGUCCUCAGGAUGAAGGUCAGAUCAGCUUUGACGUGGACAGAGGAGAAACUCAGGAGGUGCUGGAGAAGAUGAGGGAUGAUGAUAUUCUGAUGAAAGAUUCAGACUGGGUGGCAGAUUGGUCCAGCAGACCAGAAAACAUCCCUCCAAAGGAGUUCCAUUUCCGUCACCCCCGGCGAUCAGUGACGCUCAGCAUGCGGAAAACGGGAGCAAUGAAGAAAGGAGGAAUCUUCUCCGCCGAGUUCCUGAGAGUGUUCAUCCCCUCGCUGCUGCUCUCACACAUACUGGCCCUGGGGCUCGGGGUCUAUAUUGGAAAGAGGCUGACGACUCCUCCUGCGAGCUCCUUUUGAGCCACAGAACUGAUGAGCCUCAGCCUGUGGCCCGUGUGGACUUGGGGGAACGUUGCAGUUUGUACGAGGAAUUGCGCCCUCCUGCUCACCCCAAAAUUAACCUGCCUUUUUUUUCCCCCUCACCCAUCCUCAUCUUUUAUUAGUAAAAUCUGUUUGUGAAUCUCCUGCUUAGCCCUUCCAGUGUGCUUUGCUGGCCUGGAAAGUGGCAUGUUGUUAUUGGAGAUUAGGUAAACCAUUUUUAUUUCCUCUGUUUUUCCUUCUCCUCCUCCUUUUAUUAGUGGUCCUCAUGAGUGAUUGUUCAGUUUUCCUCAUGGUCCUAAUUAGAUGGUAGUGUUAGAAAGUUUGGGGUGUAAUAAGGGGGCAAAGAUAAACCAAAUCCAUGAGAGACUUCCUUUCAGCAGCCGUUGAGAAUGUGACCCCAAAACUGAGACUGUUUCGCUCACAUUCAAUGGCUGUGUAAUGCACACGAUCCCCAGGAAAAAUUAAAAACAAACAAAAAAAGAUGACCCUCAAAAAGGGAUAAGCCGGACUGGUAGUGCGACUAAAUACAUCAGCAUGCCUUUAUAAUAGAUUAUCCUUUGACAAGCAGAUAGUUAUUUCAAAAGAAUCAAUGAUUGCAAUGAUUUAUAUAGGCAUUUUAAUUUAUUCUUCAGCAGCUGUGCUUCAUUGUUUGAUUGAGUGAUUGAUUGAUUGAUUGAUCUGUUGGUUGAGACUUGUAUGUGUUCAAGGAUUGGACUUAGAUUGGACCAUAGAUUCCAUACCCAGCCAAUUCCACGACCUGGAGUUUUGAUACUUUCUAAAAAUACUUGUAAUCUUCAAGAUACGCUUGUUGAGACCUGUUACAUGUGAAAUUAAUGUGUUGUGUUUUGUAUGAUGUAUUUAAUUUAAUGUUACACAGAACAUGGCUCGAUUGGUGUGGGAUGGCGUCUAUGGGGGCCUGUAUGCAGAGAGAGAACAUGGUUGUGUCUGUCUUUGUCCAUGUGUUUUUGUUUUGUCUCAUUUUGGUUGCCUCAUUUGUUCCUUUAACUGCAUAUUAGGGUUGUGCUAAGCAUUUCAUACAGUGAAAUACAGUGAAAUUUCUCCGCUAUGCAGUUGUCUCUGUCAAAAAAUGUUGUUCUGAUGGCUUAAUUUGGUACUAAACCAGUUUAAAUGGCAUUCAUCUGAAACUCAGUUCGACUGACAGGAAACGUGUCACAGCUAGUGUUAAAAUGGGAAUAUUCUUACUGUGCUUUGACAAAAUACACUGGUGCUCAAAAGUUUGGAAUCACUGUGCACAUUGACAGUUCAUUGUUGGUUUAUAUACAGUAGUGACCUAUACAACAUGGAUUGGAAUAUUAGAUUAUACUAUAACUAUACACCACAUGUUUUUUCAAUAUAAUAAGAAAUCUGCAAAAUAGAAGUUUUUAAAGGAUAAUUAUACUAUUAUAUAUUAUAAUAGUAAUUUAUCUGUUUUCAUUCUUUUUGUCAAGGUUGCUGGCUUGAGAUUUGAUCAAUGAUGAAAUAUGAUUAAUUCUGUAUAUUAAUUUCAUUAGACUGAAUUCUCUAUGUUCUAUAGCUUUGUCAUUUUAAAACACUGAUUCCAAACUUUUGAACAGCAGUAUGCUUAAUAUAUACAGUCAUAUGCAAAAGUUUGGGUGCCCCUGGUCAAAUUACAUGUUUUAUUGAUUUUCUAAGUGAAAAUAAAUUAAAACAUCCUCUACAGAAGCGGUCACCAAACCUGCUCCUGGACAUCUACCUUCCAGCUGACUUUAGCUCUAACCCUAAUAGACUCCACCUGAUGAAUUUCAUUAUUUUCUUCAGGUAACUCCUUGGUUAGAUAAAGGAUGUGUGUUAGAUGUGGGUUGGAGGUGAAACCUCCAGAAAGUUAGAUCUCCAGGGGGAGGGUUUGUGACCACUGCUCUCCACUCUCCACUGCACAGUGUAAUGCACAAUUACUACUUGUUUUAUGUUUAAGGAUGUGUUUACUUAUUUUUAUUUAAAAAGUCAACAAAACAUGAUUUGACCAGAGGUGUUCAAAUGUCUGCAUAUGACUAUGUGUAUAUAUAUUAUAGCAUAUUAGUUUUGCGGAGACACUCUAUCUCCAGUAGUGUCUUAGUGAAAGAGUGCAUGCAAACGCAAAUGUACGCCUGAGGUGGAACGUCCUUCUUUUAUUCAGAUCAAAAGAAACAGGUUGAGCAAUGUGAACAUUUAUGUUUUUUUGAUGUAAGCGUGGGCGAUUUGACGAAAUUAUAUCAUUAUGGUAACUGGAAACUGAACAGAAAAUGUGUUAGCAUUUUUAAGCUACUUGCAGAUUAUACAAAACUAUAAAACUAAAUAUUGCGAUAUGUGUCCUGUAUCAUGAUGUCUUCAGGUAUUUUAAUGUUAUAUUUUUUGCUGUAUUGCCCACCCCCUUUUAGACAUUCAUGCUCCUGUUUAACAAAACAAAACAAAAAAAAGCUAAUUUUUCUUUUCAGCAUUAUAAUCUGCUUUGCUGUUGCCAAACGCUUGUCUCAUAAAACCCUGUGCCUGACCUUACCAAGUCCUACCCCAGUUGCUUUUGUGUUUCA